AUGGAUGUGGACGCGAAUGUGGAUGUGGAUGUGGAUGCGGACAUGCAUGUGAAGCGAUUGGAGUGGAAUGGAGCGAAAUCAGUUCCAGGCAAACGAGCCCAAAGUUCCACCGACAGUGGCACCAACAUCGUCCACAUCCACAUUCACACCGACCAAAGGCGACAGGGACAUGGCCGCUUCACCCAGCUUAUGGACCUCCUGCCACUGGGCUCCACGAAACUGGCCACCAGAUCCGAGGGGCCCUCCAUAAAUCCGAGUCCCAAUCCAAAUCAGUGUCAAACAUCUAUAUCAUCGUCGCUGGGCAGCCCGAAUCUCAGCUUCCACAGCGAGGAGCUGCUCCUGGACAUGGAGACCGGCGAGGAGUUCCAUGAGCUGCACAGGUAG